GGAAACACCUUCAUGGCCGAGCGUAUUUACCUACACCAAGGUCUUCUGCCGAGUGAAAGCUAGUGAACAGACUGCCAUUGCAUGAUCCUUCAAUAACCAAGGGUGAGGAGACUGAAGAUGUCUUCUCAAAAAUAUUAAGGUCCAACAGGGGCUCCACAGUUAAGUUGUACCAUGGAGAUAUUGUGAUGGACACAAGAUAUAGUGCCAUAAAGUGCACCAGUUGUCUAUGGACUAAAUCUGAGGAUGGCGUGGUCACGGUGCCCUACAAGCUGGCCCCGGAUUACAGGGAUGAAGAUAAAAAACUGAUUACCGAGGCCCUCGAGACCUUCAAGACAUUGACUUGUAUUCAAUUUAAGGAAAGAACGACAGAGAAGGACUAUCUGAAAAUCCACUCUGGAAGCGGGUGCUGGUCUUCGAUUGGGAAGGUUGGAGGCGUUCAGGAGUUAUCCCUAAUGAGCGGUGGGUGUAUGGCGACAGGCAUAGUUCAGCAUGAGAUCGAGCACGCACUAGGUUUUUACCACGAGCAGAGCCGCAGUGACCGCGACGAGCACGUGGACGUCAUGUGGCAAUACAUCAACGAAGGUGAUUGGGGUGAAUUUGAUUUGUUCGACACAGACAACCUGAAUCUGCCAUACGAUUACGCCUCAGUCAUGCACUAUGGAAGGUUUUCCUAUUCAAACACGUCCGGCGAGCCAAGCCUCAAUCCUAAGCCGGACCAGUCGGUAGCAAUUGGACAGAGAUACGGGCUGAGCCCAUUAGAUGUCUCCAAAGUGAAGAAGCUGUACAGCUGCGAUAUUUGCAGCUUUUUGUUAACCGGGACCAAUGGAACCUUGGACUUUGAGACCUUCACGUCGUCCCUCAAGGAUUCUACAAGAUGCCUUUGGCUUGUGAGGGUGAAUAGGAAUAAGACUUUUUUGCAGUUUGAUAAAUUUUACCUCCCCGCUUCUGCUGAAUGUACCGCAUAUCACAUUACGGUAUACGACGGACCGAGCAAGACGUCCCCUGUGCUACUCGACAGAAUGUGUGGCGCUCAUGAGCUCCCCCUGAUGGUGGCGUCUAAGAACUCCGUGCUGGUGGAGUUUGUUUUUGAAGAUCCUCUUGCAGCCGUUGACGUCAAGGCUUCCUAUGGUUUAGUGGACUGCGGCGGCACUUACACUACCGAUAACGGCACCGUCACAUCCCCCUCCUACCCGGAUCCCUAUCCGAACUUGUCAGACUGUAUCACCGCUAUAUGGGCUCCUGAAGGCCAUCAGAUUGUCCUGAACUUUACGGCUUUCAGUGUGGAGUACUCCAGCUCCUGCCUCUACGAUUACCUGAUUAUUUAUGAUGGGGGCAGAACAGACUCCCCGUUGUUGGGCAGAUACUGCUCCACCGGUCCCAUUCCCACCAUUAUCUCCACAGGGAACGUUCUCCUGCUAGAAUUCCGCAGUGACGUCUGGUUCAACAUGGACGGCUACUCGGCCAACUAUUACUUUGUGAACUCUCCAUUGAUGUAAAGCCUCCAUAUAGGUGCAUGCAAGACAAGGGAAGAAUCCAG